GCCCGGGUGUCACUUCGCAUCCAUUGCGCGGGGAGCGCGGCCCCUCGGCCGUGUCCUGCACAGCCCCCGGCUGCCUCCGAGCGCGGCCGCCCUCGGAGGGAAAGCGAGCGGAGUUCAAUCUCGUCUGAGUGAUAUCCAAAUGCGGACGGAAAGGGUCGUUUUAUCAUGCUACUAUUUGUCGUGACGAUGCAAUUUUCAAAAGCAGAGGACUGUCAUAAAGUGACACGCCUGCCACAAGUGCUCCAACUGAUCUUUUCAAUUAGCCUUCCAUGCAUGAUCCGGGGCGACUUCCGCCUAUUUCCAGAAAUUAAGCUCAAACUUGACGUGCAGCUAGUUUUAUUUUAAAGACAAAUGUCACAGAGGCUCAUCAUAUUUUCCCCCUCUUCUAUAUUUGGAGCUUAUUUAUUGCUAAGGAGCCGGGGCUCUCGCAGCCCAUUUAUCAGGAGGCUCCGACGAGAGGAGAGCGCAGCGAGCGCGGAGCGGCGCUUCUCCAGGGAUCGAUCCUUCCCCCCGCCGCAGCCCCAGGUCACAGCGGAGUGAACCAGCUCGGCGGGGUGUUCGUCAACGGGAGGCCGCUGCCCGACUCCACGCGGCAGAAGAUCGUGGAACUCGCGCACAGCGGCGCGCGGCCGUGCGACAUCUCCCGAAUCCUGCAGACCCAUGCAGAUGCAAAAGUCCAAGUGCUGGACAAUCAAAACGUGUCGAAUGGAUGUGUGAGUAAAAUUUUGGGCAGGUAUUACGAAACUGGCUCCAUCAGGCCCAGGGCGAUCGGAGGUAGUAAGCCGAGAGUAGCGACUCCCGAAGUUGUAAGCAAAAUAGCGCAGUAUAAACGAGAGUGCCCCUCCAUCUUUGCGUGGGAGAUUCGAGACAGAUUACUCUCGGAGGGGGUCUGUACCAACGAUAACAUACCCAGUGUGUCGUCGAUAAACAGAGUCCUCCGCAACCUGGCUAGCGAAAAGCAACAGAUGGGUGCCGACGGGAUGUACGACAAGCUAAGGAUGCUGAACGGGCAGACGGGGACAUGGGGCACCCGGCCCGGCUGGUAUCCCGGCACCUCGGUACCCGGGCAGCCCGCACAAGACGGCUGCCCGCAGCAGGAGGGAGGAGGGGAGAACACCAACUCCAUCAGCUCCAAUGGGGAAGAUUCCGAUGAGGCCCAGAUGAGACUUCAGUUGAAAAGGAAGCUGCAGAGAAAUAGGACAUCCUUUACCCAAGAGCAAAUAGAAGCCCUUGAGAAAGAGUUUGAGAGGACCCACUAUCCCGAUGUGUUUGCGAGAGAGCGACUAGCUGCUAAAAUAGACUUGCCUGAAGCAAGGAUACAGGUGUGGUUUUCUAACAGAAGGGCCAAGUGGAGAAGGGAGGAGAAGCUGCGGAAUCAGCGGAGACAAGCCAGCAACACUCCCAGCCACAUCCCCAUCAGCAGUAGUUUCAGCACAAGCGUUUACCAGCCGAUCCCACAGCCGACCACCCCCGUUUCCUCUUUCACAUCAGGUUCCAUGUUGGGCAGGACAGACACGGCGCUCACAAACACGUACAGCGCGCUGCCGCCCAUGCCCAGUUUCACCAUGGCCAACAACCUGCCUAUGCAACCCCCGGUACCCAGCCAGACCUCCUCCUACUCUUGCAUGCUGCCCACCAGCCCGUCAGUGAACGGCCGGAGCUAUGACACCUACACCCCUCCGCACAUGCAGACACACAUGAAUAGCCAGCCCAUGGGCACCUCUGGCACCACUUCCACAGGUCUCAUUUCCCCUGGAGUGUCAGUUCCAGUUCAAGUUCCUGGCAGUGAACCUGAUAUGUCUCAGUACUGGCCAAGAUUACAGUAAAACAUGUGUUAAUUCUGUAAAUGACUAUAUGGACAACAGUUGGAUGUUCAGCAGUAUUUUCUAAAGGAAGAAUGGCUCUCAGAGUACUUCUGUACUGCAACUGUGCCCUACGAUGUAACACAUGGAAAAGACUCUAACAUGGACCUUUGUACACUGAAGGCAUUAUAUCGGUUGGAACAAAUCUUCAUUUUGGUAUCCAAACUUUUAUUCAUUUUGGUGUAUUAUUUGUAAAUGGGCAUUUGUAUGUUAUAAUGAAAACAAAACAAAACAAAAAAAAGAACAAUGUAGACUGGAUGGAUGUUUGAUCUGUGUUGGUCAUGAAGUUGUUUUAAGAAAAAAAAAAAAAAAGGAAAAAAAAAAAGAAAAAAA